ACCAAUUAAUAGUGAUUUGGCAAUUCCACUUGCUUACCAAAUAGAAUAACAACAAAACAUGGCAAGAAGCGAGAGAAGAGAUAUCCAACCGCUGCUAAGAAGACGACCCACAGCAGCAAAGAUCCACCCACGACAGAGACAAAUCCAAUGCUAUUCUCCAUUCCUAUCUUCAACACUCAAACUCACACUAGCUACUACUAUCUAGUAAAUCAAUUUUCUUCUAAAUUUCAUAAUGUCUUAUGUAUUCACUGACUUGGAUCAACUUUAGUUUGUUUCUUCAAAACUUCUUUUCUUUUGAUUCUUCUUAACUCACUGUAAUCAUAAUCAUGACUCUUUUAGUAAGUAAAAUCUGACCAGAGAUUAUUUCCGCCAGUAUUCGAAUUAGGGUUAUUCGAGCUUCAUUAACCAAUUGAGUUGAAUCAGUUAGUUACUCGUUUACUUUACUUUGAAGUAAUCAUUUCAGUUUUGUGUCAAAUGGGUAACUCUUUCCUACCCUUCGGUUUGUAUCAUGUAAGAUUUAAACAUCUCUUAAUUGUUGUUAUGUUUGUUGCUGUUAUAGUUCUUUUCCAAUCUUAUUGGAAAACAUUUUCUAUAUUGGAUGUGCCUAGGUUCAUUGGAAACAAUGUUACUUUUGAAAAAGAUCAACAUGGUUCUGAUUUGGAUCAUGAAUUUGAUUCUGAUGAGGGAAGAAUCUUCGGUAGUGACAGUUAUGAACUUGAUAGUUAUGAAAAAGAAAUUCACAGUUUCACUCAGAAACGAAUGCACGGUGAUGACUCUACACAAAAGGUUCGAGAAAUAGAUAGCAAACAUAGUAUUCAACACUGGAGAACCAACAUUAAUUUUGCGGCAAAUGGAAAUGGAAUACAAAGUACGGAAGUAAUAGAGCCUCAAAAUGUGAAACCUCAGCUACUGAAAACUUCUUUGUCCGUUUUAAAUAAUAAGUCUAUGACAGGUUCCUACAUACAGACGAGUAAGUUGGCGUGGCCAACUUCGUUAACAGAGUUGGACGCUCAGUUGAUUCAGAGUUUUAAUACUACUUCCUCUAUGAAGCCUGCGUGGUCUUCGCGACGUGACCGGGAACUCUUAUCUGCAAAACUGGAGAUUGAAAAUGCAAAUGUCAUAUCAAAUUCGCCGGGACUUUAUGCACCUGUUUACCGGGACGUUUCCAAAUUUUCAAGGAGUUAUGAGCUGAUGGAGCGCAAGCUCAAAGUUUAUAUCUACAGAGAAGGAGAAAAACCAAUAUUUCAUCAACCAAAGAUGAGAGGAAUUUAUGCCUCAGAGGGAUGGUUUAUGAGAUUGAUGGAGGGAAGUAAAAGAUUCAUCGUAAAGGAUCCCAAAAAAGCUCAUUUAUUUUACCUUCCAUUCAGUUCGCAAAUGCUAAGGGCUAAUAUUUCCAACAAUAAGCAGAUGGAGCAAUACCUUGAAAGAUAUGUGAAUUUAAUUGCGGGAAGAUAUCGUUUCUGGAACAGAACCGGAGGAGCAGACCAUUUUCUCGUUGCCUGUCAUGAUUGGGCUUCCCGAAUCACAGUGCAAUCAAUGAAAAAUUGUAUUCGGUCUCUCUGCAAUGCUAAUUUUGCUAAAGGGUUCCAAGUAGGGAAGGACACUACUCUACCUGUUACAUACAUACAUUCUGUGAUGAAUCCAUUAAGAAAAAUCGCAGGUAAACCUCCUUCAGAGAGGAUUAUACUAGCCUUUUUCGCUGGAGGCAUGCACGGUUAUCUCCGUCCGAUCUUACUUAAACACUGGGAGAACAAAGAACCCGACAUGAAAAUUUUCGGUCAAAUGGCACGUGACGCGGAAGGUAAAAGAAUUUAUAUGGAGUACAUGAAUAGCAGCAGAUAUUGUAUAUGUGCUAGAGGUUAUGAAGUUCACACACCGAGAAUAGUCGAAGCCAUAUUUUCCGAGUGUGUGCCGGUUAUCAUAUCAGAUAAUUACGUGCCUCCUUUCUUUGAGGUGUUGAAAUGGGAAACAUUUUCGGUAUUUGUUCGCGAAAGCGAUGUCCCUAGUCUUCGAGACAUACUUCUCUCAAUUCCAGAAAAGAAGUAUUUGGCAUUGCAUUUGGGAGUAAAGAAGGUUCAGCAACAUUUUCUGUGGCACAAAAUUCCUGUUAAGUUUGACUUAUUUCAUAUGAUUCUUCACUCUAUAUGGAACAAUAGACUUUCUCAAAUGAGACUGAAGUAGUGAUAUCAUUGAUGUAAUCUAGUUAUGUCUAAGUAGAUCUGAGGUAGAAGAUGUAAAUGCAUAUAUGUAUAUCUUGUUUUGUUUGAUUAAGAUGUUUAUUUAUCUUUGAGAGCUAUUUUUACCUUC